UCGAAGUGAACGCGUCGUAUUUUUCGAUUGUCCUCAUGUCGGCGUGUGUUUGAAUUUAUUUUUUUCAUUCGAAGAAACAAGAGAAAAAAAAAUAGAAAAUCGUUCAUUCGGUAUUUGAGACAAUUUUUUUUUUAGAAAAGAUCAAUUAAAUGAUUCGACUUACUCAUUGUGUGAAAACCGCGAAAAAGAAAUAAAUUAAAAACACUCAUUGUGUGAAAAUCGCGAAAAAGAAAUAAAUUUGAAAAAACAAAAAAAAAAAUAUUUUGUGUUAAAAAAGUUUGUGGAUUACUAUUAAAUUUAGUGCAACAGCAAUGGCAGCAACUAUGUUAUGCACGAGCCAAUCAUUAUUAGAUUUUGACCAAAAAAUUCCAUCGUUAGUGUCAGGUUUAUCUGGCGAUAACAAGAAUAUGCCAGUUGAUUUUUUUCUGAAGCAUCAACAACAGCAGCAGCCACAAUACACACCGACAUCAACACAUUUAUCGACUAUGCUCCUUACUUACAAAGAAGAAAUCAAUGAUGAAAAAAGAGGUAGUUCCAUUAGUCCGAGCAUAUCGGUGGAUGGAUCAUACGCAUGCUCACAGUGCUCCGCCUCGUUCUUAAAUCGUGAUCAACUAGAAAAGCACGAGCAUGAAGCCAUGCACUCACCUAAUUCGCAACAAUCGGUGAGCUGUAAAAAGUGUCAAAAAUCAUUCGCCAAUGUGUAUCGUCUACAACGUCACAUGAUUAGUCACGAUGAAUCGGAAUUGCUACGCAAAUUCAAGUGCAACGAUUGUGAUAAGGCGUUCAAAUUUAAGCAUCAUUUGAAAGAACAUAUUCGCAUACAUUCGGGUGAAAAACCAUUUGGUUGCCGUAAUUGUGGUAAACGAUUUUCACAUUCCGGCUCCUAUUCAAGUCACAUGACAUCAAAGAAAUGCAUUAAUUCGGGACAAAAAGGAAAUCGUUCGGUGAAAAUGGAAAAAACUGGCACACAAAAGCGUUCUGGAUUUUUAUCACAACAAUUGCCGAAUGUAAACAAUGUUGGUCUUGGUGUCGGAUUGAAUUUGAACGAAAACAAUAAUUUGCCAACAAGUCCAAAUCAUAAUGCAUUCUUAUCAAUGAUGCCGAAAUACCAUGGUUACGAUGUAAAUGCAUUGCUAGCAUUCGGUAAUUUGCCAAAUCCAUUCCUUAUGAUGGAUCCACGUCAUCACAUUCACAGUAUACAAAGUUUAUUGGGAUUGACUGGUGCACCAUCCAAUGUGAUGGAAGGUUUUCUCAAUAAUUCGCAUAAUAUUAAAACGCCAAGCCUCCAUUCGGAUCCGGAAGAUAUGAUCGAAGAGGUGACUGAUGAUAUAAACGAUGAAUCGGGAAAAUUAGUUAUGGACAUUGAUGGCGAUGAAAGUGAAAAUAAAAUGAAAAUUGAAGAUAUGUCACCAUCGCCAGCAAUCAGUGUUAGUAGUCCAAUAUCGUCACCGAAUUCAAUUCAAGAUCGUUGUGAAUUGAUGAAAAAAGAAGACAGUCGCAGCGAAAAUGGUUAUGAUAAUAACGAUUUGACAUGCGGACGAUGCAGUAAGACAUUCAAUCAUCGCACUGAAUUGGCACAACACGAGACCAUUCUAUGCGGAAUGAUACGAAAACAAGAAGAGGCCUAUGCAGCAGCUCAAGCUCAUGCAGCUGCCGCUGAAACGAUGACAAUGAAUGCAAGCUUUGCAGGAAUGGGACUACCAAAUCAACAACAAUCGGGCAGUGAAGAUGAACGAAAAGUACGCGUUAGAACUGCCAUUUCAGAAGAACAACAAGCCAUUUUAAAAGAAUACUAUGCAAAAAAUCCAAAACCAGGCCGAGACGAAUUCCGAACAAUUGCACAAAUUUUGUCAUUGGAUUCGCGUGUAGUUCAGGUCUGGUUUCAAAAUAAUCGUUCACGCGAACGUAAACUCAAUAACAUGGGAUACUCAAAGCAACAUCAAUUGUUUGUAAACGGCCAAUUGUCGGCCGCUGCUGCUGCAGCCGCUGCCGCUGUUGUUGCAGCUGACAACAAAUCACAAUCAAAUAAUACAAAGAUUCCAUUGCCAAUUCCAUUGCAACAGUCGAUACUCAAUAGCCAAUUAUCGCCAAAAUUCAAUCACAGCCCCGUUGAAAAUAUGGACGAUCAACCUCUGGAUUUAUCAGUAAAGAAGGAAGGUUCAAUUUCAACGCCAUCAAAUUCACCACGAUAUGGAACGGCACCGUUGCCAUCUGAAGAAGUUAUAAAUCUAAGUCGAAAAUCAUUACCACAUUAUCCUUAUGUGCCACCAUUGGGUUUCGUACCAAUGGAACGUUUUCUAAAUAUAGCACCUGAAAUGGCUCGAAAUAGUCUUGUGUCGGACAGUGUGAGCCCAGUAUCAGAAAAACAACAACGUAUAUGGAAGGAAGAGCUUCAGUAUGUCAAAGAUACAUUCAAUGGAAAUCUUUCACCAAAACAGCCAAUUACACAAUCUCAAGCACCGGCUAAACGAUCCUAUGUUAAACAACAAGUUCCUGAAGGCGAAGGUCAAUUUAUUUGUGAUGAAUGUGACAAAGCAUUCAACAAGCAGAGCUCAUUGGCGCGACAUAAAUACGAACAUUCUGGUCAGCGUCCGUAUAAAUGUCAGGAUUGUACAAAAGCAUUCAAACACAAACAUCAUUUGACCGAGCAUAAGCGACUGCAUACAGGUGAAAAACCGUUCCAAUGCACAAAAUGUUUGAAAAAAUUCUCGCAUUCAGGAUCGUACAGUCAGCAUAUGAAUCAUCGCUAUUCGUACUGUAAACCAUAUAGAGAAGCUUAAACUAAGGUAAUCGCUGUCAACUGAUUUGAAAUCACAUUACAAUUCAUAUGUGAAUUCGUUAAGCGAACAAUUGAAGACAAAACUACAACAAUAAGUUAAAAUGAAAAUAAACCAGACAGCCAUUUCGAUAAAAAAAAAUUCUAUAUGUAUAUGUAAACGUAUUUAAUAUAUAAUUGAUAGAAUUUGGGUGAUUGAAAUAGAUAAAAAUUAGAAGGGAAAACAACCGCAAAAUAAUUUACCAAAAUAUGUACAUUAAACACAGUUCCAUAGAUUUGAAUCUCCAUUUGAGAUGUGACGUGCGACUGAUUUUUUUAGAGGAAAAAAAGAAAUUCUCUCUCUAAUUUUGUACUUAAUGAUGAAGAGAAAGAAUUCAUUUUUUUAACGAAAAGAAUUUACGUUGAUUUCCUUUCUCUUCUUUUAAUUGCAUCAAUAAAAUACAACGAUAAACGAAGAAACAAAAAAAAAAUCGAAAAAAGAACAUAAAAUAUUAAAAAACACAUUCAAAAAUCAUUCCCAUUAUAAUGUAGGUUUAUAAAAUGCGCAAAUGUGUGUAUUUAUAUGAAAGAAGAUAGAUAUUUCUAAGCCACGAAUUCAUCGUUGCCAAUAAUCUGAAUUACUUCUAACAAUUAAGAAAAUACAAACUGUACAUAAUGGCUGCUCAAUGGUCCAUGCAAAAUGGUUGAGAGAAUAUGUGUAAUUAUGAACAGUACCACAGAUGGUCUGAAAAUGAGAUGAACAUUAAUGUAAGGUCCACUAUAUAAAAUGAGAGACGGUAAAUAGUUACAAUAUAUUUUUUAAAAUCGUUUUUAAAUAUUAUUAUUAUUUUCCUUUCUUAAAAUCGAUCUGAAUGAUUCUUUCACAUUUUUUUUUAUUUUAAAUGUAACCUGUAAAACCUGUAGGGUAAUAGUAUAAUGGUGUUGUUUUUUUUAAGUAUAUUUUAUAUUUUUCUGUUUUUACAAUUUUACCGA